UCAACAUCGCAGAGUAUCGACUGUUCUUUCGUGAACAAUUCUACAUUGACAUCGUGUCGUUAUACCUAAUUCUUUUAAUCCCAACUCAGUUCACAGUCCAAUCAUUAAUUAUAAAGUAAAAAAUAUAUAAAAUAAUCCUUUGUAUAAAAUAAAAGUGCGAAAUAUAUUCAUUGUUUGAAGUGAAGUGAUAUUCUUGAUAUUUGUUUAUUAAUUUUUAACUCUAGACAUUCCAACAGUUUGUGAAAAAUAAAUAUUUUUAAUUCAAACUAAACAGUACUUGACGCGGUUUUUCCUACUAACGAGGAUUUAGCUUAGGAGGUUCUGUAUCCUGAAGUACUUCAGGAUCAGAAACUAUAUUGCCACAGGAGGUGUUUGCAGAUUAUGAGAUAAUAAUGUGUUUUAUUCCAAUCAGUUAGAAUUCCUCUAUGGCUUAAAUCCAGAGCUGCUCAAUAGUGCAACCCUGGAAUUAGGGGAAUUUAUUAACUUAUACCAUUGGAUAAUCUGGCAUCCACAGAUCAAUACGUGUAGCACAGCAAAAUCGAUGGACCGACAAAGGGUCUUCGUGUUCGCGUCCAGGGGAAUAAAUCAUCGAGACCGUUACUUGAUGGAGGAUUUGAAUUCCCUCAUGCCUCAUCAUUGAACAGAAGCUAAAAUGGAAAGGCAGAAGAACCUCCAGGUGGUGAACGACAUUUGCGAAGCCAAAAAUUAUAAGAAGGCGGUUUUAUUCAAAGGCAGGAAGAAAAGAGAUCUCUACAUGUGGUGUUCAAAUGCCAAAAGUGAUCCUUCUGCCAAAUUUUCGGUUGAGAAUAUUUAUACAAUGGGAGAAAUGAAAUUAACAGGCAAUUGCCUAAAGGGAUGACGUCCAAUUCUCUCCUUCGAUGAGAACUUCUCCACAAAUUCUCAUUACGCCCUCCUGCGAGAGUUGUUCACCCAGAUAGUUGGUGUGCCCAACCACCACCCCAAAAGCAAGCCCUUCUUCGACCACGUCGACACAUUCAGCGUCCUGGACAACAGGAUAUGGUUCAGAAACUACCAGAUCCUGACUGAAGAUGGAGGAUUGGCAGAGAUAGGCCCCAGAUUUGUUUAAAAUCCAGUGAAAAUAUUUGCUGUGAGUUUUGGAGGAGAAACCCUCUAGGACAACUCCUUCUACAUCUCUCCAGCGAAGUAUCGUCAUGCCGUGAAUAAGAAAGCUGGUGGAAAGUACAUAAAUAUACUAGAGUAGAAGAUGGCACAGAAGGCGAGCAAGCCUGAGGCCUCGUACUCGUUUAAUCCAUUGGAUGAUAUAUUUAAAUCAGCACCAUUGGUGAAGGCCAAGGAGCUGGAGGCCAGAGAGUCAGAGGAGCCACAGACGAACCAGGGCACUGGGGAGACGGGUGAGGAAACUGUAGAUCCAUUCGAAGAAAAAUCUGUAGCUGAGAUGAAGGAACUCGAGAAAAGAGCUCUGAGGAACUUCGAAAAAAUGGCUAAGAAGUCCACUAAGUCCAAAACAUUGGGGUCAGAAGUGACAAAGAAGAAGAAAGGGGAAAAAAAUAAAAUUGGAAAAUGAAUUUGUUAUUUUGGCGGUUGAAUAAAAAAAGUGUUUUAUUCAACCACGCCCGGUUUAACGGCGGUGGGGGUAUUCUCUAAUAAAACUUGCGAAUUGUGUUUGGACGGUAAUUAUCACUUCCCAAAUUUGAGGAUGAUAUUUUUUGUACUUCCCAAAUCAUUUCCCAUCGGUUCAGACAUAUUCGGUUUUUUAAACUCAAUAUUUAAACAUUCUGCCUGCUAACUAUAUGCCCUAAAAAUAAAAGUUAAUUAUACAUAAACGAUCGAUUCCGAAAUAACACAAUUCAAUUCCUAAAUCAUCCUCAAUCAUUCCCAAGCGAUACAAAUAAGCUACGUUGAAAAGUAAAUGAUUU